AUGGCUGAUCCAACAUCGGCUUCGACCUCUCCCAAGCGAGACACCACGUUCUUGCUUCACGAUGUGGACACCGAUUCCGAUGGCGAACUAGCCGCUCAAGGCUCCCGAGGUGACACAAGCUCCGAGGGGUCGGAAGAGCAAACCAAGGGCGACGCACUGCCAUCAGACGCGGACCCUUUGUCAUCCCAUGGACAGGGCCACGACGAAGCCGGCCUGCAAGAUGGCAUGCUUCCCCGUGACCUUCCCACUCGGACUGCUUUCUACGACCCUGUUGCGGAGCGUCAGAUGAGCCAGACAGACGCCAAACUUUUCUAUCAGCGGAGCCAGAUUGGCCAGCUGAAAACAGGGAGUGGUGUGUGGUCCCAGGGCCACUCUACGCCUCCCCAUGGCAGUCCCAUCAUCGUCGGCUCUGAACAUCGCGAUGUCCCCGCUGGCCCCCGAGGGCUGGAGUACCCUAUGGAUUCGUCCCCAUUGGGCAAGGAAAGGGGUAUAUCCAAAGGAAAGGCCCCGGCACACGAGGACGUGAUGCUGCCAGAACCGACCCAGCAGCGUCUUGGCCAAACUCCUGGCAUGGAGAGCUUCUCACCUCCUCGAAGUCAUCCUUAUCAAGAAGGCGCUCAAGCGUUUGCGAACCAUGGCCCGCCUGACCUGGGAUUGGAUCACAACACUGGUCCAAAUGUCGGCAUCCCGAACCAUUCUGCCGCUCUUGGUGUAGCCGCCUUCUCUGACACUGAUCCGCACAUAACGGCUGAGCUCAGUGCCAUUUCCAAGAAUAUCCAGAGCAUCAUGGACCUCCGAGAGAGAUACGUUCGGCUUUCACUUCAGGGGCCGGACGACAAUCCUAGGGAUGAUCCGGCCUGGUCAAUUUAUCCACCUCCUCCCCAGCCAGCCUGGGGAGCGGAGCACGCCAGGGCCGUGGCCUCUGCCGAGCACGCCAUUAGCACAUCCAAUAGCUUAGCUGGUAGCACGGUCUUGCCCUCUGCUGCUGCUACCGCUGAUGACCCUGCAGGCCGUCAGGUGCCUGAAGUUGAGCCAAAGUCGACGUCCAAGAAGCGAAAGCCUGGCCAAGACAUUGGCGAGGACUUCAACAUGGAUGAUCUGCUCCCACUUCCCUCGGCCGACAGGAUGAGGUUCAAGCUAGACGACAGCGGUGUUUACCAAGUUUUUGAGGAUGAAGAAGCCGAGGCCAGCGGGAACCCUGUUGUUCGUGUUCCCACCAUUCGAGAAUUCUACAUGGAUCUGGAUCAAAUCCUUAGUAUUUCCUCAGACGGGCCUAGCAAGAGCUUUGCCUUCCGCCGACUUCAGUAUCUCGAGGGCAAAUUCAACCUGUACGCUCUCCUCAACGAGUACCAAGAGACGGCGGACAGCAAGAAGGUCCCCCACAGAGACUUUUACAAUGUUCGCAAAGUCGACACCCACGUUCACCACUCUGCCUGCAUGAACCAGAAACAUCUUCUGCGUUUCAUCAAGAGCAAGAUGAAGAAGUGUCCUGAUGAAGUUGUACUUUACCGCGAUGAUCGGCAUCUCACCCUAGCGGAGGUUUUCCAGAGUAUCAACCUUACUGCAUACGACCUUUCCAUUGAUACCCUGGAUAUGCAUGCGCACACCGAUUCUUUCCACAGAUUCGACAAGUUCAACCUCAAGUACAAUCCGAUCGGCGAGUCUCGGCUCCGAACAAUCUUCCUGAAAACGGAUAACUUCAUCAAUGGGCGGUACUUGGCCGAAAUUACCAAGGAGGUCAUUGCCGAUCUCGAGUCAAGCAAGUACCAGAUGGUAGAAUGGCGAAUUUCCAUCUACGGUAAAUCGCUCGACGAGUGGGACAAGCUCGCUGCCUGGGUCGUGGACAACAAGCUCUUCUCCCAUAACGUCCGUUGGCUCAUUCAAAUACCGCGCUUGUACGAUGUGUACAAGGCGAGCGGCCUCAUGGACACUUUUGAGCAGGUGGUGAAGAACGUUUUCGAACCCCUAUUCGAGGUGUCAAGAGACCCUUCAAGCCACCCAAAGCUUCACAUCUUCUUGCAAAGGGUAAUUGGUUUCGAUAGUGUCGAUGACGAGAGUAAGGUUGAGCGGCGUCUGUUCAAGAAGUUUCCAGUGCCCAAAGUGUGGGACUCCAAACAGAACCCUCCGUACAGCUACUGGAUUUACUAUUUGUUCGCCAACAUGUCGUCGCUCAACGCGCUCCGAAAACGCCGGGGCUUCAACACAUUCGUGCUGCGACCGCACUGCGGUGAAGCCGGUGACAGCGAGCAUCUUGCAGUGGCUCUACUCUGUUGCCACAGCAUCAGUCAUGGCCUGCUGCUGCGCAAGGUUCCACUCUUGCAGUACAUUUUCUACCUCGAGCAGAUUGGCAUUGCCAUGUCGCCGUUGAGUAACAACGCCUUGUUCCUCGCCUACGAAAGAAACCCGUUCUACCAAUACUUUCGCCGCGGGUUGAACGUGUCUCUGUCGACAGAUGAUCCGUUGCAGUUUGCCUUCACCAAGGAACCACUCAUGGAAGAAUACGCCGUAGCCGCCCAGAUAUAUAAGCUGAGUCCGGUGGACAUGUGCGAGCUUGCGAAGAACUCUGUCAAGCAGAGCGGGUUCGAGAGUGCGAUUAAGGAACAGUGGUUGGGUCCCAAUUUCAAGCUUCCGGGCAAGGCAGGUAACACCAUGGUCAAGACAAACGUGCCAGACCGCCGAGAAGAAUUCAGAUACCAAACUCUGAGGGAGGAGCGCGACAUGCUACACAAGUACAUCGCUUAUGGCGCUAAGGGGUCUUUCGAGUCCAUUGUCACCGCUGACCAACAGAGCGUAGCUCAAAGCAUCAUUGGCGGACACCAGCCCGCAGUGCACCGCGAACACGGCAGUAUGGGUAGUGAGGCUACUGCUGUUGCUUCCGGUGAGCGAAGCGAGAAGACUGCAAGGCAAGGCAGUGUCGGCAAGGGGGCUGCCUUUGAGAAAGGUGUAGUAGCUUCUCCUGCCAGUCUUGCACUGUCCAGAGAAGGGUCAUGGCCGACAGAUGAGCAUACAUCAGGCCAAGACCCCAAGUUGUUUCCCGGAGUCUUCAGCCGAGGCCAGGCUGGUAGCAGCCAGUAA